AUGGACGCGAAGUUGGUGCUGUUCUUAAUCGCUUUGUUUUUAUUUGUGCAGCGUCAUGCAGAAGCUGAAUUCUCGUAUAAUAGAAAUAUGCCAAAGAAACCGGAAGAAUUAGAAGCUUUAGGUCUUAAAUGCAUUCCCGGUCAUACGUUCAUAAAAAUUGGGGCAAGUGUGGAAGAAAAAGUGAAAAAUGACGAUUCAGAAGAAGAAGAUGACGAUGUUGUAUCCGAAGCAAGGAGGACACACAUGAAUACGCAAACUAAAGAUGAAACUUGUAAAAUUUGCGUUUGCUCUGUUGAGGGAAAAGACGAAUACUGCAGCAGAAGACCGGCGAGAAAUGUGAACGAAUGUAUUAGAAUGAGCAUGUUGGUUGAAGGUUUUCAUAAGAAUGUUCCGUAUGAACUUGAACGGUCACUAUCCUACAGAAUAAGAAGAGAUUACAUCUGGCACAAAGAUGAAAUUCCUUACUCUCCAAGCGCACUUUGCUAUCGAGGAACUUCCUACUACACGAAUAACAUUAAAGCGGAUGCGACUCCAAUAGAGGAGCAAAUGAAAGUCGAUUCACCAUUGGAUUAUGCCACAAAGGGUGUUUGUUAUUACUGCGUGUGUUCUAUGUCCGGUGCGGCGGUUGGGUGCAUAAGUAGAAAUACGUGGUUCUGCGACUAUUACCGAAUCAUCAAAAAACCUGAUAGCGCCAGAGAUCGUUACAGAAACUUGUUCAAACAAGAUAGACCCGCAUAUUUUAGACAGUUGUCGUAUCGAAUUAGAAGAACGAUGGACGAAGGCCUCAUUGAGUUACUUGACAACGUGGGAGAUGAACUAGAAAGAUCAGAGUGCGUGCCAUUCUUGUCAGAAUAUACGGACUGUUCGGAAGCAAACAUAUGCACUGGGUGCAAACAGUGCUCAUGUACUGCUGAGGGUAGAUGGACAUGUCGCACUGUGCACGACUGUCCCAGGUACGAUAACGAGGAUUUGUUCGACGAGGAUAUUAUCAGCAACGCGCACGAAGUGAUCUUAAAUGAGCUUAAGGAAAAGGAAAAUAAUAGAGCCAUUCCGGCUAAGCCUGAAGGAGGUCGUCUAUUGGACGUAGAAAAGAAUUUUGAAGUAGAAGAAGAACUGAGGCAACUGAUGUCAAGAGCAAAACGGUCGCUGUCAGAAAAAUCUCAUAAUAGUGACAGUAAAAAUAAUACAAUCAAGUUUUAUCAUACCAUAGACGAAUUAAACGAAGAUACCUUGAAAAACACGAAUGUAUCUGGAACUAUAGAGGCAAAUAAAAUAGUUGGUGCUAAAAUACCACAAAUUUCAAGAAGGACUAGUAUUGUGAACAAUAAAAAUAUUUCUGACCUAAAUGAUUUACAUAUUGAAUUCAAUCAACCAAAAGACUAUGAUCGACAUAUUGUUGACAAUAAGAUUGAUUCUGUAACGCACACUGAAAAUAAAUUGGAUUUAUUAAAUCAAGAGAAAACACGCAACGUAUUAGGUAACUACACACAAAUUUCCAAGGACAAAGACCUCUCAAAGAUAGUUGUUAAUGAACUUAAGAAAGGUUCUGAAACAAUUGGAGAUAAGCUGGUUGCACCUGUAUCUAAUAUAACUUUUACACCGGAAAACGACACUUUGACAGCAAUGGCUUUUAUUGCUGGAAAUUUAUUAAAUAAAUUAUGGAAAAUGGAAAAGGAUUCAAAUGUUGAAUCUAUUGAAACAGAAAUACUAAAACAUGAAAAAAUUGCGGAUUUGUUGGAUUUGUUCAAAGAACCGCUCACAAUGAGACAAGAAGUAUUUAUAAAAAAUGCCUUAGAACGACUUUCUGAAGCUUUAAAUAAAGACAGUAAAGUUAAAAACAUUUCUUUAUGCGAAGCAUUAGGUUCUUCGGAAAUACUUUUAAAUAAUGAUAAUAUUAGCAACAUAGAUAAAGAAGCAACAAAACCUACAAGUAGGAAAUGUAAAGUAAAUAAACAGCCUGAAAAAUAUAAAAAUGCCAAUGCCAAUAAGAAACAGGAGAACACUACUAUUGAAGCUAUAUCGAAAAUAAAUAACGUACUAAGAUUAAUAAAUAAAUAUGAAAAUAUUCAAAAACAUUUACACGACCUUAGAAACAAUUUACAGGAAACUACGGAACAUGAAGAAUAUAAUAAAACAAAAGUCGAUUUAACUUUGACUAAUGAUGAGAGCAAAUCAUUGAAUGUUUUUGGAAACCUAUUAGAAAAAAUUACGACACUACUUCUACCUAAAAAGAGCAAAACUAGUAAAAACCUAAGUACAAAAAUUAGACAUAUGAGUCUAUUUGGAGACUCGCAAGAGAUUAAAAAAGAAUUAAAACAAAUAACUCAUAUCGAUACAGAUAAUUUAACAUUAACAUGGAAAGAUAAAUUGAUUAUAGAUUAUCUAAAUAUUUUUAAGCAGAAUUCCGGUUGUUUUUUUAAGGACUCGUUGAAGAAUGAAAUAUUAAAUAAAAUCCCAAAAAUAGGAGGUGAUAUAGUUGAUCGCAUUAGUAAUUUUUCUAAAAUAAGGUCAUGGGAUGAACUAGUCGAUCUUAUAGUGACAAAAAACGACAGUGAUUUUAAUUCUUUCACUACAACUGAAAAAACUGUAAAUCCAACUACAACGGCAAAAAAUGAGUUAAGAAAUAAUACCAAUGAAGAAGAUCCAGCAUUAAAAACAGUCAAAAACAAGUUCAAAAAACAUUUAAGUGCAAUUAUAGAGGAUCUAUUGGAAUUACAAAAUCAGAAUGGUUUGCCAUCAGUGGCUAAUAAUACAAGUAUUGCAAAUAUUUUGCCAUGUAUUUUUAAAGUUUUGAGUUCAGAUAAUGAGAAAUUGAGUGGAAUACCGAAAGCUACUAAUCGAUCUCACCUUGAUAAAGUAACGGCUAUGUUUGAAUCACUAAAAAAUAAUUUAAAAUAUAGUUCACCGUCACGAAGAAUUGAUUUACACAAUGCAGAUAUGUCACAGUCAUCUAAAAUAUGGGAGCGAGUCAUUAAGGGUUUAAAUAGAAUUAGAAAAGAAACUACGCGUCGAAGUUACAACGAGAAAAUUCCCAAAUCCUAUAAGGAACUUAAGGAAAUAAUUGAUCGCGUUGAUUUAUCUGCAAGUUUCUAUAAGCAACACGUUAAAUUAGCAAAUCUACCUCCAGCUAAUCAUUUAAUAUUAUUAAAAACACUUCAAGCUAGCGCCAAACAGAUCGAAAAUACCUUGAAAUACAUAGAAACAUCCAUGGAUACAGUAAUGAAUCUACCACUAGAAGAACGCUAUGAAAUACAAAAAUUUGUAGACAAUGCUGCUCGAAGUAUACGUUUAAUUGAUCAAAUUUUAGAUAGAUUGAAAAUGUCUCAAAAUAAAAUAGAGAUUUUGAGUAGGAUUAAACCGAAAAUAAAGCAGUUAAACAAGCAGUCAUUGAAGACGUCAGAAGAUGACGUAUAUAAUGAUCCAAACAUAAAUUUUAAGCUUACUAGAGAUCAAAUAUUGCUUCAACUUAUUAAAAAUCGAGUUCAGUUAUAUUUGCGAAUAAAAGAAGCGAAAGGAGUUGAUUUAAGGAAUGAUAUUAACUACAACGUAGCUAAAAAAAUAAUCACUCAUUUAGAAAGUGGAAAUUCCAAUUUAGCAAAAGAAUUAUUUAGAGUAUUUAUAACGAAAAUGGAGAUACGUAAUAAGAGCAACAGUUCGAUUAAUUAUACUGAAGCUCCACCUGUCCAGAAUGUCGAGUCUUAUAAGGAUCUGACAGAAUUAUCCUUUAAUGCAAGGCCACAUAAUGUGUAUGAGUCAAGAGCAGAUGUGAAAUUUCAAGCGCAAGAUAACUUCUUGAAACAACUACUGAAAUUAAAGGCUAUUUCAUGA